GCGGCUUUCUCGCUCAAAUCGACCGGAACUGGUGACUGCGACAUUACGUAGUACGCAGCCUCGGCCAACUCAUCCUUUUCCGGUGUGGUGUGUCACGCGGGCGUGUAGCAUUUUAGAGGAAUCAUCCGCUCGCCUUGAUGUCGCCGAUGUCGCCGAUGACCGUGUGAUUCUUCCCUACCUGCGUAACGAGGAAUGUGUGCUAGAAUUAAUCGCGAGUUCCUGAGCCCUCGAAAAAUCCAUUAUAUCCAACGGUACGUAUGGAUUUGACACGCGUUUCUAGAUCCCGCGAGCGAAUACCCGUCAUUUCUACUACGAAGUAACGAAUUUGCGAGGUACAGGAUUAUUGCGAUAUUUGUACUUUUAAGUAGAUCUUAGACUUAUUAUUAAGUAGAUUUUUAUAUAUCCGAGUAAUCUUUUGCGACAAAUUUGCUAUGCAAUUUUCCCCUUUCGUGACACGUGCGUUUCUCUCGUAAAUACAAUUUUUUUUUCGCCGAUAUUUCGUCGUCCUCGUGCUAAAAGUCGCGAGAAAGCGAAUCUCGUAAAUCCUCGAUCGCACGAUGCGCAUUUAGAUUAUUCGAAAAUUAUUUCGCCACCGACGUUUUAUGCCUCGGACGAUCCAGUAUACGCGUUUUUCCCGCCUGAAAUGAUUUUUUGCGCGGUUAAAGCUGCUCCGAAGAGAGUUUUUUCGCGCAAAAUUGACGAAAGUUUCAGAAAAAUUAUUUUGCAACGUCGAGGAACUUUCUCGUGGCAUCGCCCGCGCCAUUUUCAGCAGAAACCAGUAGUAGCCGCAUAUAUAAAAUGUCGAGUGGCGAGGUAAUCGAAAAAGAUGCAACGUCACAGUGACGCAUUCUGGGUAAAAUCGCUGCACUUGCUCAAUAUGGCUGUCCGAUGAGUUAUUUCCGUUUAAUGUACGCGAACAACCGACGUCCGUCCGCCCGCUUGACCGCUCGAAGUAAAGGCGCGUGAAUGGUCGAAUCGGUGGAGAAAAAAUCGCACAACGAAUUCUGCUGAUCGAUCGAGCUCCUGUCGACGAUAUUUCACGACGUAACGGUAUUUCGCAUGACUCGUCUAACCAUGGCUUUUCCGGUGUCUACGUGCGCGCGCAUGCAUCUCCUUAGGGUCGCGUAGUGCGCACGCGUGCUCUCGUCCCCUGCCUCCUCCCGCCGGCCAAUCGCCGCCGCCGCAUUCCGGAACCUUUGUCAUCCCGGCGCGCCGAUUGGCCGGCGAGGUGUCGGGGGAGGGGACGAGAUGGCGCGCGCACUGCAUGAUGGAGCUGUUGGAAGAGAGAGGUACGGGGAGGACGCAGAAGCGAGUUUAGCUCACAAAAUGGCAGUUUAGCUCUUGGGUCCGUGACCAUAUAGUACGCGAUACUUGCAUAGUUGCUCGCGAUGUCGAGUUUCCGAUGUCAAUAGUGAGUCGAUACUGCGGAUACGCGUACGCGCGACGAUAUUGUGACUAGAUCGACGCGGCUUCACGUGGGGUAAGCGUGAUUUGUCGGGACGUCGGUUACAGCGCACAGACGAGACCAUGCAGUCGAUAUGAUUGAAUUGCAGAAAACUUUAGAACCUGAAUCCGGGAAAGAAUCCGGAUCUGAUUCUGAUAAUGAAAGCAAGAGCGAUAGCUCUUCUUCCGGAAGCAACAGUGGUUCAGGCUCGGGCUCAGAAAGCGACUCUAGCUCGUCGAGCGGUUCCGGUUCCGGUUCCGGAUCAGGCUCCGAUUCGGAAAAAUCGGAGAAAUCCGAUGCACCUGCACAAAGUGAUAGCUUCCAGAGCAAAAGCUCGAAUCACAGCACAGAAACAAAGCUUAGAGUUAAGCAUGAGUCUAGUCGCGAAUGGGACGAGAAUCCUGACAUAUACGGCAUCAGGAGAUCAGGACGUUCCAGGAAAGAACCUGAUAGACUUACUACAAAUCGCGAGAGUGAUAGCGAUAGCCGCAAGAAAUUUAAAAAGAAAGGUUCACACAAUUCGUGGAAUUCGGAAAGUUCAGAUUCAGAAUCUGACGAAAUCGAAAAUCGAAGGCCCCCACCUAGUAAAUCUCUAAACAGACGUGCGGCGCAGAAGGCGAAGGAAAAAGCAAAAGUGCGAAAGAAGCGCAUCUCCGAAUCGUCUGAAAAUUCUUCCUUUGAUAGCGAUGACAAUAGAAGACAAGUUACUAGACGGACCGGCACAGCAGUUAGUUACAAAGAAGAAAGCGAAGAAGGCACUGAUAGCGAUGAUCUGGUUGAAGUUGACGAAUCAAACGCUGUAUCGGCAGAAGCCGAUAACGAUAAUGCCGAGACUAUUGAGCAAAUUUUGGGACAGAGAAUUGGCAAGAAGGGAGUUACCGGUAACAUAACGACAAUCUACGCUACCGAGGAAAACGGUGAUCCCAAUCCGGAGGAUCUGAGCAACGUAGAGACCGAGGUACAGUAUUGGAUGAAGUGGAAGGGUUGGUCUCACAUACACAACACGUGGGAAUCUGAGGAAUCAUUGAAAGCGCAAAAGGCGAAAGGAUUAAAAAAAUUAGACAAUUUCAUCAAACGCGAACGUAAAGUCGAGCAGUUGAGAGAAUGCUAUGAGCCAGAGGAUUUGGACUAUUUCGAGUGCCAAUUGGAACUCAAACAGGAUCUUUUGAAGAGUUACAAGAAUGUUGAGAGGAUUAUUGCUGAUUUUGCGAAACCGAAUUCGGAACAUCCCGAUUACUUCUGUAAAUGGGAGAAUUUAUCAUACUCCGAGGCCACAUGGGAAGAUGGAGCUCUGAUAGUAAAAAAAUGGCCGGAGAAGAUAAAAGAAUUUCGCGAGAGAGAGGAGUCGAAGAGGACGCCGAGUAAAUAUUGCAAAGUCCUUAAAACCAGACCCAAGUUCCAUCAGUUGAAAUCACAGCCAAGUUAUAUGGGCAAGGACAAGGAUCUGGUACUGAGGGAUUAUCAAAUGGACGGGCUCAAUUGGAUGAUUCACUCUUGGUGCAAGGAGAACAGUGUCAUAUUAGCUGACGAGAUGGGUCUCGGCAAAACGAUCCAAACCAUAUGCUUCCUUAACUAUCUAUUUCAUGCGCAACAACUCCACGGGCCAUUUCUAUUAGUAGUUCCUUUGUCGACCAUGACUUCCUGGCAAAGAGAAAUGUCCCAGUGGGCACCUGACCUGAAUUUCGUUAUUUACUUGGGCGACGUCAAUUCUCGUAAAAUCAUUAGAGACUACGAAUGGUGCUUCGGGGACUCGAAGAGAUUAAAAUUCAACGCCAUACUCACGACAUACGAAAUAGUACUUAAAGACAAAUCGUUUCUGGGUGUCCUAAACUGGGCAGCACUGUUGGUGGACGAGGCUCAUCGAUUAAAAAAUGACGACUCUCUCCUGUACAAAGCGCUUAGCGAAUUUCAUACCAAUCAUCGUUUACUAAUUACUGGUACUCCGUUGCAAAAUAGCUUGAAGGAGUUGUGGGCCUUGUUACAUUUCAUCAUGCCUACGAAAUUCGCCUCCUGGGAAGAAUUUGAGAAGGAACAUGACAACGCCGCGCAGAAAGGCUACUCGAAACUGCACAAACAACUGGAGCCGUUUAUCCUGCGCAGAGUUAAGAAGGACGUCGAGAAAUCCUUGCCCGCGAAAGUGGAGCAAAUUCUACGAGUGGAGAUGACAUCCGUGCAGAAACAAUAUUACAAGUGGAUAUUGACCAAGAAUUACGAGGCGUUGCGGAAAGGUGUGAAGGGCUCCACCAUGACCUUCUUGAACAUCGUUAUCGAGCUGAAGAAAUGUUGCAAUCACGCCUUUCUCACGAAGCCCAUCGAGGGCGAGAAGGAGAAGAGCAACGAGGACUACCUGCAGCAAGUGAUCCGCGGCUCCGGAAAAUUGGUGCUCCUAGACAAAUUACUAGUAAGACUGCGUGAUACGGGACACCGGGUAUUGAUAUUCAGCCAGAUGGUCAGGAUGCUGGAUAUCCUUGGUGAAUAUUUGCAACGGAGGCAUUUCCCAUUCCAAAGACUGGACGGAAGCAUAAAGGGGGAGCUGAGGAAGCAGGCGUUGGAUCACUUCAAUGCCGAGGGAUCGCAGGACUUCUGUUUCCUCCUGUCGACGCGAGCUGGUGGCCUCGGAAUCAAUCUCGCUACCGCGGACACUGUGAUAAUCUUCGAUUCCGACUGGAAUCCGCAAAAUGACUUGCAGGCUCAGGCCAGAGCGCAUCGUAUAGGACAAAAGAACAAGGUCAACAUCUAUCGACUGGUUACUAAAAAGUCAGUCGAAGAAGAGAUCGUGGAGCGUGCGAAGCAGAAAAUGGUCCUGGACCAUUUAGUGAUACAGCGAAUGGACACAACUGGGCGAACAGUAUUAGAUAAGAAGAACGCGGGGACCAAUAACAAUCCGUUUAACAAGGAAGAUUUAAAUGCUAUUUUGAAAUUUGGCGCGGAAGAUUUGUUCAAAGAUGAAGAGGACGGGGACGAGGAACCAACCUGCGACAUCGACGAGAUUCUGAGGAGAGCCGAAACGAGAGACGAAGGUCCGACGACGGUUGGCGAUGAAUUAUUAUCUGCUUUUAAAGUCGCCAGUUUCAAAACAGCAUUUGAAGAGGAUUUGGAACCUAUUAAUCAACCAAAUGAUAACGAUGACGAAAGCAAAGACUGGGCGGAAAUUAUUCCUGAGAACUUUCGGAAAAAAGUGGAGGAAGAGGAAAAGUCAAAGGAGAUGGAGGAUCUUUAUCUGCCGCCGAGAAGUCGGAAAACCUUACAACAAAUCAAUCAGAGUGAAGGAAAAGGCAGAAAACGCAAAAAGGACGACAGCGAAGAGGGUGAUGAUUCAGGCAGCGAGGUAGAAGGCAGCGACGAUGAGAGACCCAAGAAGAGAGGUAGACCGAGAGUCACGCCGCGCGAAAACAUCAAGAGUUUCACGGAUGUUGAGAUACGAAGAUUCGUCAAGAGUUACAAGAGGUUCCCGGCACCGUUGAAACGGCUGGACGAUAUCGCGACCGACGCCGAUUUACAGGAGAAACCCAUGUCGGAGCUGCGUUUCCUGGGCGAGCAAUUGAAGUCCCGGUGCGACGCGUGUUUAACCGAGUUCGAAAAUACCGCGAAGGAGAACAAGGGCGGCGAGGAGGAGGGCAAAGGCCCCGGACGCAAGAGGGGGCGGGGCCCCACCUUCAAGAUGGGCGGCGUCAUGGUCAAUGCGAAGUCCUUCUCGGCCGCGGUCAAGGAACUCGAGCCUCUGGAGCAAGCCCUGCCGUCCGAUCCCGAGCAACGCGCUAACUGGCAUCUUGACAUCAAUUUGAUCGAUUAUUUCAGGCUAAAACCGGCGAAUUUCGAGUGCGAGUGGACCUCCGAGGACGAUUCCAGGUUACUAAGAGGUAUCUACCAAUACGGCAUGGGUUCGUGGGAGGCGAUAAAGACAGACGCUAACCUGGAGCUCGGGAAUAAGCUCUUCCCCAACGGCAGCAAGGUACAACUGAAGCGCGUGAACGCGCGCGCGGAGUACCUCCUGAAGAUCUUGAAGAAACAAAUCGAUCUCAAGCUGGGAGUGACACGAAUGAGAAAGCCGAGGAAACCCAAGGAAAUGAAAACGGCGAUCACUAAAGAGAUCGUGGAGGACGACAGCUCCGGCGACGAAAAUAAGAAACCAAAAUCCAAAGUUGAUAAAUCCGCAAUCAAGAAAGAGGAGGAGGUUGCCGUGAAGAAAGAGAUCAAGGAAGAGGUCGACGAUUCACCGGAGGAUAAAAAGAAAGAGAAAAAAAUCAAAAAAGAGAAGAAAGAGAAUAAAAAGGCAAAAAAGAACAAGCAAGCCGCGGGUCCUAUGCAUUUCACCGCGAACAACGAACCAAGGGCCGUCGACGUGCUCGGCGGCUUGGAUCCUUCGAUAUUCGAGGAGUGUAAGGAGAAGAUGAGGCCGGUGAAGAAGGCACUGAAGGCUCUGGACAAGCCGGACAUGUCUUUGAGCGAGGAGGAACGGGUCGCUCGUGCGCGUCGGUGCCUCUACCAGAUCGGGAAUCACAUCAACACGUGUCUCACGGAGUACAGGGAUCCCGAGCAAGCCGGCGAGUGGAAGAGCAAUCUCUGGUACUUCGCCUCGAAGUUCACGAACUUCAAAGCGAAGAAGCUUUACAGAAUGUACAAGAACCUGAUGAAGCAGGGCGGUGACAGCAACGGCGGUGCCUCGACCAGUCCCGACAAGAAGGAGGAGCCCGCAAAGAAGCACAAUGAAAAGUCUCACGACAAACAUAUCGAUAAGCAGCAGGGAGACAACAUUAACAAGGAUAUCAGAAUAACGAAACGUAAAUUCGACGAUAUCGAGGAUAACUCGAAUAGCAGCACGCAAAGUAAGAAACACUCUCUCUCGUCUAUUUCCGCCGUCAACAGCAGUAUCAGCAGCACGUCGGUUACCACUAUCGGUGCUAUUACAAUUACCCCCAUAACGUCAACGCCGAACUCCACGUCGGGUAAUACCAAUAGCGCAGACAUGCCGAGGCACAAAGAGCAAAAAGAGUCGAAGCAUAAAGAUAUGAAAAGGGACAGGGAACGUGACAGAGACAGGGACAGAGGGCACAACGACAGGAAUCUUGACAGAAUAAGCGGGAGUAAGGACGACAGGAUCCGAAGAGAUGGGGGAUACAACAUGGGACACUACAGUGGUAGCAGGGAGGACGAUCAUUGGUUACCGAGAGACGGAAGAGACAUGAGAGACAGCGGCAGGUACGCAUUCGCGGACCACAAGCGCGAUCGCUUCGACGCUUACGGUCGAAUGUCAGGGGGUUAUCACAGAGACAGGGACAGGGAUCGAGAUCGUGGUAUGCACAUGAACGACAAGAGAAACGAUUACUAUCGGUACUCGUCGGGACCGCCUAGUUACGGGUACGGUCCGGGUGGCUACGGUAGCAGCGGCAGCGGCGGCGGUUACCCUCCCGCGGACAUCCCACCGGGUCACUUCCGAGGUCGAAGCUACCAAGGGGACAGCUACUCGAGCGACUGGCGAUCGAACAAGGACUACAGGCGGGACUACGAUAGAAGACCGCCGCCGCCAAACGCUAGCUCCUAGUGCUUCUUUCCUCGGUUGUGACGUGGUAAUGGCGUGCCUUGUGCAUAAUUUUACCGUGAACGGAAGUACUCCCCCAUUAGACAGAAUCGUGUCUAUGUGUCUAUGUGACGGACACGUGCGUUCGUGACGAACUUUUGUCGUACUUGUAUCUAUAUGUAUAAAAAAAUCUCUAUUCCAAUAUUUACUCAAAUAAUACGUGAGAGAUAAUAGUGAUGUAUGUGACGUGUUCUUACGAAAAACUGUUAGAGGUAAAUAGGAAUCGGGCGGAUAUAUAUAUAUAUAUAUAUAUAUAUAUAUAUAUAUAUAGAGAGAGAGAGAGAGAGAGAGGUUGUGCAAAAGAAGGAUAACGGGAGAGAUCGUAUUCUUAAUAUGUAUAAGACGGAUUUUUAUAUGUCGGAAUAUGUGCAUCGCGGUUAAUGGAUACGUAUCGUAUAUAUAUAUGUGCAUAUAUAUAUACGGUAACGGUACAUCCUGAAGCAUGUAUGUUAAGUACCGAUACGUAUUGAUUAUACGUGCUGUUGACUAUGAGUAUAGAAUAAAACCGGUAUAAAGAACACUGCAGGAAUUGUCUCUAUUACCAAUCACGCGAUCGUGAUUGAACAUGAUUAACGUAUGACGAUAUUUUAAAAUCUGGAAGAACAAAAUUUGGUUAAAGCACACACAUUAUACCGGUUUCUAUAAAAUUCUAUAUUUUAUAAUAAAUCCUGCUCUUUUUAAGCGAAAUCUCUGCGUUCUCUCUCGCAUCAGCAUUGCAUGAAUAUGUUUUUUUUAUAAUUGUGCAAUUUUGACAAAUUUAAUAUGAUGUUGGAAUCAUGAAUAUUUAUAUUUUCUAUUAUCGCCUAUGUACGACUCCACGUGCGGUACAAUUUAUGACUCGGACUUUUCCACUCCUCGUGCAGUCGCAGCGCGCCGUAAACGGUGUAUCAUCAGUGUUGUAUAGAUCGAUUGGUAUUCUCUUCUAAAUUUUGUAAAUUCAACCAUAUUAUUCCUCCGUGUCCAUCAGGAGUGAAAGAAUCUAAAAUAAUACGUUAAUGCUUUCGAACGUAUUUCGAUAUUAGAUAAAAGCUUGCGUCAUCAACUGGAUCGCACUGCCUGUCGUAGGUAUUUUUUGUUACGUACAAUAAGUCGACAGCUUCCGCGCUGAUUCGAGCGCAUAUAUUUUGCAUUUUCGAUACUAAAUAUAUAUAGAUAUAUAUGUACAUUCAGUUUAGAUACAUACAUAGCGUACGCACAUAAUUCGUGUCAAUGAACGAGUCCAUGCUAGAUAGAACAUCUGAUUCCGUAAUUAAUGUUCGAGGAAUCUGAGACGCGUCUGUUUAAAAUAAUCGGGUGAACUAUGAAAAUAAUAUUAUCUAAUGUCCGACCGCGUAGAUGAUAAUGGACACAGUCGCGUUGCGGUACGAUAUCUGUCAACUUGUAAGCGAGAGAUGCGUAUCAAUCAUUGUCGUGUAAAUUUCCAAUCGAGCAUUAGCAAUCAUUGCAAAACAAAUACAAAUCUAUUCGACUCGGUGUUCGAAGUCUGCAUUGUAUAACGAUCUAUCUUGCUCGCUAACCAAAUAAAGGCAGUAACAUAUAUAUAUAUAUAUAUAUAUAUAAAAUUAAUUAAUACAUUUUACUCAUGAUUACUGAUUACAAUCUGUGCAAAUCAAAACGAAAAUGCAGUUUGGAUCGCACCAUUUUUGUCGUGGUCUUCUGAUGUUUGUGAUUUAAAACGAUAGGAAUAGUCUAAGGAUAUUAUUUUUACGUUCGUUAUUUUACGGUAUCAUAGUUUUUUUAUGCUAUAUAUCUACAAAACCAAUGUGACAUAUUUGUACAUAAUAUUAGCGUAAAAUCAAUAAGAAAACUCGGUUUAUGUAUAACCGAGGAGUUAUAUACCAGUGUGCUUACGUAGCAUUAUGUUUUUCUUUAUUUAGUGCAUGUACUACGAGGUUCGCUACCUCAAUCUCGCUUCAGUUAAAGGGAGAAAGAGAACGAUGCAAGCGAAACCCACGUGUAGAAAUUUUUAUUUCAUUCACGAGGAAAUUUCUCUUAUUAAUUUAACAUUUCUCGACGGAAAACAUUUUGACAAAUUUCGAGAUAAUCCCGUGUGCUUAUUCCAAAUAAUAACGAAUGAUACUGGUAAUAUUUUUGUUCAUAAGGAAGUAUUUGUUAUACAUAAUAGGGAGAUUUAUAUUCAUAAAGGAAAACAUGAAAGUCGAGCUCUCGUCGUAAUUAUAGCUUUUAUAAGGUGAAAAGGCGUCACGUGUUACAGAUGUCUCUCAACUACGUGGGCCCUGUAUGAUUUGAGAUUACAUGCUGGACGUUAUAGCCUUUUAUUAUUAGCAUGUACAAAGUAAAUUAUUUUAUAAAUUACGUUUACGCUCAUUAAGCCGAGUUCGCAAUUUUCGUGUGCAUUUGUGUAAAUAAUAGCGUGUACUAAGCAAGCGGGAUAAGCGCGAUUAUAUUAUAUAACAAAAGCAGUAAUCCUGUAUAUUGCGUCUUAAAUAUAGUUUGUGCGAAGAGCAGAGGAAUAUUAAUCGGAUGGUAUAAUAUAGAGACCCGCUAGCCUAGAGGUUUUCAUUCGCAAAACGACGAUAUUUAAGAAACAGUUAUAUAUAUAUAUAAUUUAUUACCAGUAGGAACAUCGAUCAGCAGCGAUAAUUAAAACUAAUAGUAUUGACUACAAAGCGAGAAGAAUACGCGAGACCCGUUGUAAAUAUAGAUUCCGUGAAUAAAAUAAAUAUGAUUGACAUAGCGAGACAGAAUUUAAUAUACGUGCUUAUAUUAAAUCUUCAAUAUAAAGUAAAUAUAUAA